AUGGCAGCAACUAAUAUUAGUGCAGGAGCUCCGAGUUAUCCAAUGGCUUCAUUAUAUGUUGGUGAUCUUCAUCCCGAUGUUACUGAAGCCAUGUUAUUCGAUAAAUUUGCAAGUGCUGGACCUGUACUUUCAAUUCGAGUCUGUCGUGAUAUGAUCACGCGACGAUCACUUGGCUAUGCUUAUGUUAAUUUUCAACAACCAGCUGAUGCCGAACGUGCACUUGAUACAAUGAAUUUUGAUUUACUUCGCGGUCGUCCAUUACGUAUAAUGUGGUCACAACGUGAUCCAGCAUUACGUAAAUCAGGUGUUGGCAAUGUGUUUAUUAAAAAUUUAGAUAAGAAUAUUGAUAAUAAAUCACUUUAUGAUACAUUCUCAGCUUUUGGAAAUAUUCUAUCAUGCAAAAUUAUGACUGAUGAAAAUGGACAAUCAAAAGGUUUUGGUUUUGUUCAUUUUGAAACACAAGAAGCAGCAGAUAAUGCUAUUAAUAAAGUUAAUGGUAUGUUACUUGCUGAUAAAAAAGUAUAUGUCGGUCGAUUUAUGUCACGAAAUCAACGUGCUGAUGCUGGUGGACCACGUAAAUUUACAAAUAUAUUUGUAAAAAAUUUUGGUGAUCAAUUAGAUGAAGAAAAAUUACGUGAACUUUUUUCAAAACAUGGUAAAAUAACAAGUUGUAAGGUUGUUAAUGAUGAUAAUGGUCAUUCAAAAGGUUUUGGUUUUUGUAGUUUUGAAAGUCCUGAAGAAGCUGAAGAAGCUGUUCAAAAUUUAAAUGGUUAUUCAAUAGGUGAUAAACAAAUAUAUGUUGGACGUUUUCAAAAAAAAAAUGAACGACAAUCAGAAAUAAAACAUGAUACGAUUGAUGAUGAAAAAUUACGAAAAGAAUUUUCAAAAUUUGGCACUAUAACAAGUGCUAAGAUUAUGUCUGAAAAUGGCCGUUCCAAAGGUUUUGGUUUCGUUUGUUUUAGUGCACCUGAUGAAGCAACAAAAGCUGUUACAGAAAUGAAUGGUUCAAUUGUAGGAUCAAAACCACUUUAUGUUGCUUUAGCACAACGAAAAGAAGAACGUCGUAUGCAUUUAGCUAAUCAACAUAUGCAACGUAUAGCAACAUCACGAGUACCACCACCAAUUCAAUUACCAUUUCCAAAUAAUAUGGCCGGUAUGAUGUCAUAUUUACCAACACAAAUGGGUCCAUCACAACCACGUAACUUCUAUCCACCAGCAGCAUUACCAUCAUAUCGACCAACACCACGUUGGUCAGGAGCCGGAACAGCCGGUGGUAUGAGACCACAACCAGGUGCACAGAUGAUUACUGGUAUGCACAUACCACAAUCAAUGGCUGCAGCACAACAUCGAACAGGUGCAAUGACUAAUCUAUCAGCACGAUCAGCUAUGCCAAUGGGAACACGACCAACACCAAGUCACAUGAUGGCCGGUGGUGCUGUUCGACCUCAAACCGGUUUACAACAACAAAAUACAGCUUAUACACGUACAGCACGAAAUUUACCAUCAAAUAACGCAGGUACUUUUCAUAAUUCAAUAGUUGUUGCUGGUCAAGAACCAUUAACACCAGCUGGUCUUGCUAAUGCAACACCACAAGAACAAAAACAAAUGUUAGGUGAACGUUUAUUUCCAUUAAUUCAACAAAUGCAACCAGAUUUAGCUGGUAAAAUAACUGGUAUGCUUCUUGAAAUUGAUAAUACAGAACUUCUACAUAUGCUUGAAUCACGUGAAUCACUUAAAGCUAAAGUUGAAGAAGCUAUUGCUGUACUUCAAGCUCAUCAAGCUAAACAAAUAUUUGUUGCUAAACAAGCUGUAACAAAUUCAACUACUUCAUAG